GACAAAGCCGGCGGCGGCAUCACACCGUUGGAGAUGGUCGAUCGGAAGCGAGAGAACACAUUUGUGAAUACUCUUGCUGUCGGCGUGCGAACGAAGCAGAACGAGUCGCACGUCUUGGACUUUCGUUAUGCCGUUCAGAUAAGCGUCUGCUUGCUGAAACCAAUUGGUGCCUGGCCGCUGGCCAGCGAUGAGACGUCGAGGCUCAAAAUCGUUCUGCAUAAGGCGUCGAUGGUGAUCGUCACGUUUCUCCUGGUCUUCAUGAUCGUGCCGUGGAUCAUACUUAUUGUGAAAGAGAAAUGGGGCGUCUUCCUCAUAUUACGUACGAUGUGCCCGCUGAUCUUUAUAACAACGGUCUUCGCGAGAUACGUUCUGUUGCUUUGGCAUCAGGAUCGACUCAAGGUCUGCAUCGAUCGCAUGGCCGACGAUUGGCGGUUCGCAAUAAUCGCCGAGGAUCGGGAUGUCAUGUUGGCGAACGCUCGACUAGGCCGUACCUUUGGCAUGGUUUCCGUGGUUUUCAUGUUCAGUAGUGGAGCGCUGUACUACGCGCUACCCUUAACCAUGCCAAAGAUGAUCAACGAGGACAACGUUACCGUAAGAUCGCAUCCGUCGCCCUGUGAAUUUCUUGUGUUUGAUGCCAAGGUUAGUCCUGUGUAUGAGAUCGUGUACUUCUUGCAACUUUUAUCCGGUUACACUGCCUACAGUACAUUCAGCGGCAUUUGCAGCUUGAUAGCCAAUUUCGUCACGCAUGUGUGCGGACAAUACGACAUGUUAAUAUCGAUUUUUGAAGAAACCGUGGACGGCGGCAAGCACAAUAGCGGUUCCAUCAAAGAUCGAAUCGCCAUCGCGAUCAAUCGGCAUUUGCGUCUGUUAAGAUUGGUUUCUAACGUAAGCAGCUUAUUUACCGAGAUAUGUUUUGUGGAAUUCAUAAGCGCUUCGUGUAACAUAUGUCUCUUCGGCUAUUACAUCAUUACUGUAUGUUAA